AGCCUGUCUCUGUGCGUGUGUUUGGGAUGAAGCACCUGUGGGACAUUCACUUCCUCCUGCUCAUCCUCCUCUACCUGUUAGGAGCCGUCACAUCACAGGUCAACCCAGAUGGUCUUGUGUCAUACAACGCUCCAGUGGGAGAACAGAUGAACUUGCCUGCUUACCCUGUUUAUUUAAAUGACUCUGUCUAUGAUGGAGCUGUCAUCCACAGUAUGACAGAGGGUUUGGGCCAGCUGACUGAUGGAGUGUGUGGUCUGGAUGAUUUUACACAUAGUCACGUCUACAAUGUGUGGCCCGGGUAUGACUACGUAGGUUGGAACAAUGAGAGCUUCCCCAGUGGAUAUGUUGAAAUCAUGUUUGAGUUUGACCGCACACGAAACUUCACCACCAUGAAGAUCCACUGCAACAACAUGUUCUCACGGCACGUCAAGGUGUUCCGCCAGGUGGUGUGUUACUUCCGCUCCGAAGCAGACUGGGAGGCCUCGCUGCUCUCCUUCAGCCCUGUGGUGGACGAGAAGAACCUCAGCGCCCGAUUCGUCACCGUCAACCUGCUCAAUCACAUGGCCAACGCCAUCAAGUGCCAGUUCUACUUUGCUGAUGCCUGGAUGUUGUUCAGCGAGAUCACCUUCCAGUCAGAUACAGCCAUGUACAACACAACACUGGCUCCACCCAAGAAGGGACUACUGCCUAACACACAACCAGAGGACGACCCCACCCACAAAGUAGAUGACAGCAACACCCGGAUUCUGAUUGGCUGUUUAGUGGCCAUCAUCUUCAUCCUUGUGGCCAUCAUUGUCAUCAUCCUGUGGAGGCAGGUGUGGCAGAAAAUGCUGGAGAAGGCCUCUCGCCGGAUGCUGGAUGAUGAACUAACCGCUAGUUUGUCAAUACAGAGUGAGACAUUCGCCUACAACAACAACCAGUCGAGUACAACCAGUGAGCAGGAGUCUAAUUCCACCUAUGAGCGCAUCUUCCCCCUCGGUCCUGACUACCAGGAGCCGUCACGCCUCAUUUGUAAGCUGCCAGAGUUUGCUCAGAGCUCAGAGGAGCCUGCUUCUACCAGCACAGCAGCUUCUAAAUCCACCACAACUACUGUAGCCCAAGAUGGGGUCCCUCACUACGCAGAGGCGGACAUUGUAAACCUGCAAGGUGUGACUGGAAGCAACACAUACGCCAUUCCUGCAGUUACUAUGGACCUGUUGUCAGGGAAGGAUGUAGUAGUGGAGGAAUUCCCACGAAAGUUGCUUACGUUCAAGGAGAAGCUGGGAGAGGGCCAGUUUGGAGAGGUGCACCUGUGCGAAGCAGAGGGAAUGCAGGAGUUCAUGAAUAAAGAGUUUUUAUUUGACAUCCCCGAGGAGCAGCCAGUUUUAGUGGCUGUGAAGAUGCUUCGUUCAGAUGCCAACAAAAAUGCAAGGAAUGACUUCCUGAAAGAGAUAAAGAUCAUGUCACGUUUGAAGGACCCCAACAUCAUUCGCCUGCUAGCUGUGUGCAUCUAUAGCGACCCUCUCUGUAUGAUCACAGAGUACAUGGAGAACGGAGAUCUUAACCAGUUCCUGUCCCGCCACGAACCAGAGGGACAACUUGCUCUGCUCAGCAAUACACCUACUGUCAGCUUCAAUAAUCUGUGCUACAUGGCUGCUCAGAUAGCAUCGGGGAUGAAGUACCUCUCCUCUCUAAACUUUGUUCAUCGAGACUUGGCCACGCGGAAUUGCCUGGUGGGCAAGAACUACACAAUAAAGAUAGCUGACUUUGGCAUGAGCAGAAACCUGUACAGCGGGGACUACUACCGCAUCCAAGGCAGAGCGGUACUGCCAAUACGCUGGAUGUCCUGGGAGAGCAUCCUGCUGGGUAAGUUCACCACAGCGAGCGACGUGUGGGCCUUUGCGGUGACACUGUGGGAAAUACUAAACUUCUGCAAGGAGCAGCCCUACUCUCAGCUCACUGACGAGCAGGUGAUAGAAAACACAGGGGAGUUUUUCAGGGACCAGAAAAGACAGAUCUACCUGCCUCAGCCUGUGCUGUGUCCAGACUCGCUCUACAAGAUCAUGCUGAGCUGCUGGAGGAGGAACACAAAGGAACGGCCCUCCUUCCAGGAAAUACACCGAGCCCUCCUGGAAUAACAGCCUUAAUCUGGGGUUGUGUUUAAGACAGUGAUUCCCAGUCUGCUCAUCUCUGAAAGGAUAUGGUGCAUGACAAGAGUACACCAUGAUUCAGACACAAUCCAGGUUUAAGCUAUCCUGUUUCAGCAGAGAAACAGGGUGAGAGCCAUCUGUGGGCUCCAGGCUACAAUUUGGGAAACACUGUUUCAUGGACUUGCACUCUAGAAAGAUGGACUACCAGAGACUUUUGUGUGUCAGUUUGAAUUUAACUCGCACAAUCACGUUGGCCAAGAUGUUUUAUAGACAUACAGGUAUUCUUAGAAAACUCUACUCUGUUUUUAAAGUACACCAAAAACACACACAGAAACUUGAUUAAGGUUUGGUUGUGACGUGAUGAGGAAGCCAAAGUUAAAUGUAGCAAGUGACUUCGGCACUUUUGAAAAUGUAUUUUAAUUUCUUUUUUUAAUAUGAAUUCAAAUUUCCCAUGUUACAGUGUUUGAUAACACUUUCUUGUGUUUUCUGUUGGAAGACUGCUUGAAUGUAGAGAAGUGCAGCAAAGCAUUACUGUCACAUUUCAUUGUGAAAGUGUUUCAUCUCAUUUAGAAUGACAAGGAAAUAUCAAGUAACUCAGUCUUUCUCAUCUCCCUGCAGUUUUCCUACGGUGAUUUGAACAUGAAGUGUAUAUGACUGUGUAUUUUCAAUAGAUAAGUCUAAAUCUCAAAUAGCAGUAUUUUGUAUUAAUAUUUAUAUGUUCAUAUGUGUUUUUUCUGUUUAUGUUCUGUUGAUAUAUUUGUGGAUUAAUAUGCUCUUUAAGUUGUUUGGAGUAUCAUAUUUGAUUUGAUUUUCAGUAACUUUCCUGCUCACAUGUUGGAUCUAAAAACGGCCUUACGAAUAAUUAUUUUGUUUCCUACUGCAAGCUGUUAUUGUCUUGCAUUGAUCACAAACUACUAUCAGCAGCAAACUCUUUGAUAACUGAUGAGAUGUUGCAAGAUGUUUUAUCAGUAAUGCAGGCUGUGCAAUGUUUGUGUUUACAGUCAGCAUCAGUGAAAAGAUGUUACAGAAUGUGUUGUGAACAGAUUAAUGUAUAUAUGCUUAUAGUUCGUCUCAGUUGACAAAGAAAGUCUAAAAUGCCUUUGAAUUCAGGAAUGUAGAGGAAAUGUGUUUAAUUGGAACAUCUGACUGCUUCAGAUUAGUCUAUAUUAGCUCAUGAAAACUAUCAAACACAGCUAAUCACCCAUCUAAAGGUUCAAAUUAUUUAGUUAGUUUGCUCUUUCUUUUAUUGUAUUGUAUUGUAUGCUGGAUUCUUCUUCUUUUCUUGCAUAAUUCUGUGUAUAGUUCUCUGUUAGCUUGGACUUCAUACCGCAUACCACUGUUUCAGCCAGUUCAGCUGUAUUUACAGGCUGUAUCCUCUUAAUAGAGGCCCUUGUCCCACUUACGUCAUCCUUAUCUUUCUGUGUUUUGCAAGCGAGUGCGAGUACAAGCUGUAAAGUAUAAUAUUCAGUUUGGAGACAGAUUUGUGAAGCAUGUGGUGAUUCCCAUCAGAUAUAGAAACCUUUUUCACACCAUUUACAAUCUUCUCAGUGUUAUUAAUGAAUCAGAGGCAGAUGUAUAGCUGUAAAAAAAAAAAAAAAAAGUGUAAUGGCAUCCUGAUAAAUCUCAUGAUUAGUUUUAUUACAUAUUUGUACUCAAAUGUUUGUUUUUCUGUGAGAAUGUUUUAUAUACGUUGGAAACAAAAGUUGUACAUUGAUAGACCAAAUACAAAUAAAAUUUUAAAAGAGGAAUUGUA